AUGUCGAUCCCUCAGAAGACCCGCGAGUACCGCCUCCCCAAGGCCGAUGGUUUCGAUAGCCUCACCCUGACCGAGUCGCCGAUCCCGAAGCUCAAGGCUACAGAGGUGCUCGUGAAGGUGCACGCCGUCUCGCUCAACUUCCGCGACCUCGUGAUCGCCCAGGGCAAGUACAUCGCCGGGCAAAAGGAGAACGUCGUCCCUGGUUCGGACCUCGCAGGCGAGAUCGUCGCGCUCGGUACCGAAGUCACGGGCUGGAGCACGGGCGACCGCGUCAGCUCGAACUUCGCGACCGGCCACGUCUUCGGAGACGUCACGGAGGAGGCCAAAGCGACAGCGCUCGGCGCGCCCAUCGACGGCGUCUUGAGCGAGUACAAGGUACUUCCUGCGCACGCGCUCGUUCGUAUCCCCGAGCAUCUCAGCUAUGAGGAGGCGUCCACUCUUCCGUGCGCAGGGGUCACGGCUUACAACGCGCUCCUCGCCGGGCCAAACCCUCUCAAGGGUGGCGACGUCGUGCUCGUCCAGGGCACCGGCGGCGUGUCUAUCUUUGGAUUGCAGUUCGCAGUCGCGUCGGGCGCGACCGUGAUCGCGACGUCUUCGUCCGACGAGAAGCUGAAGCUCGCGAAGUCGCUCGGCGCAACGUACACGAUCAACUACAAGACAACGCCCAACUGGGCCGAUGAGACGAGCGGCCGGGGCGUUGACCACAUCCUUGAGAUCGGCGGAGCGGGCACGAUCAUGCAGUCCGUGACCGCCAUCCGCAAUGGCGGAACGGUCAGCAUCAUCGGUUUUGUAGCCGGGCAAGGAGAUGUGAGCAUGCUUCCGUUGCUCGUCCUCGGCAAAGCCGCUAUUGUGCGCGGUAUCCUGGUCGGCUCGCGCGAGCAGUUCGAGAAGAUGAACAGGCUCAUCUCCGCCAAUCAUCUCAAGCCGAUCGUCGACAAGGUGUUCGCGUUUGAGGACCUGCGCAUGGCGUACGAGUACCAGGGGAGUCAGCAGCACGUUGGCAAGGUCGUCAUCAAGGUCUCGAAGGAGUGA